AAAAGUCAUGUUUUUCCAAUAACGCUAACCGGUUCGCUGAUCUUAUAAAAUUUCGUGAGACGGUUCUAUAGAACCGGUGCGAACCGGCUGAAUCCCACCACUGGUUGACAUAUUGUCCAAAUGAUUACGAGAACAUUUCAUUCAAGACCUAAGCAUCGAAUGCAUACAUAUCUAUGUAAACGGUGGUCCGAGAUAGCACCACUCCAUUCACCAUUAGAGGUAUAAAUAUGAAGCCAUUUUGUCCCUCUAAAAUUCAAUCGGAGAAGAGUGCCAUUAUGUUCGACAACAUUGUACUUUUUAAGAUUUCUGGCUAAUUAUUCAUACAAAUUAUUGCGGAUUAUAGUAGCCGAGUAUAAUGUCUGAGAGUUCAUUGAACAAUAAAUCAAACUUUUCUGCGGAAAGAUCGUUGUCUCUCAGCAACAUCGGCGCUCUUAUGCAUAUUAUUAAAGGCAACAUUGGUGUUGGACUUCUAACGUUACCUUGGGCAAUGAAACAUGCCGGAAUUAUCUUGGGGCCAUUAUUUUUUAUAGGUAUUGGAAUUUUAACGGGACAUUGCAUGCAUGUGUUGGUCCGGUGUUCAAGAUAUUUUACUGGAAAAUUAAGGCUACAUUCAGCAGAUUAUGGAGAAGUUGCAUUAUACAGUGUGAAAUAUGGACCUAUUAAGUGGAUUCGCCCACAUGCACCUCAUGCCGAAAUAAUUGUAAAUUUCUUCCUAAUCACAAGUCAAUUAGGAGCGUGUUGUACAUGCGUCGUUUUCAUUGGGCAAAAUAUACGACAGAUUAUCGUUCCUCACUGGCAAGAUGCUCCAGACGAUCGUGUUUUCAUGGCAAUGUUCAUUAUUCCGAUACUUCUCUUGAGUUCAAUUAGAAAUUUAUCGUUGUUAUCAUGGUUUUCAACAGCUGCAAACAUCGUUUUUUUAAUAUCGAUUGGGAUUAUUUUAAGUUAUACUAUGCAGAAUUUACCUCAACUUUCAUCACUUCCAGCAACUGGGAUUGUGACAGAAUUUCCGGUCUUUCUCGGUUCAGCAAUUUAUAUAUUCGAAGGUAUUGGAAUUAUUCUACCAAUUGAAAAUUCAAUGAAAACUCCUGAAAAAUUUCCUCUCGUACUAAAUAUUGCGUGGCCGUUUUUGAUCACCGUUUAUUUUCUGUUCGGAGGAUCUGGAUAUCUAAAAUUCGGAUCAUCUAUUUGUGGCGCCAUAACCCUUAACCUACCUAUCUGGGAUCCGUUGUACCAACUUGUUCGUAUGCUGUACUGUUUUGUUGUUUAUGUAACCUUUUCUCUUUGCUUCUACGUGCCGGUGGAAAUUAUCCUGAAAUUGAUUCAAAACAAAGUUCACACAAUGCAUAACUUCUACAAUUUUCUUGUUAGGACACUCCUGGGGUUAGCAAUAUGUGUGCUUGCUAUUGGGAUUCCAAACAUAGGAGAUUAUAUUUCGUUGAUCGGUGCAUCAAUGUCAACCUUUCUUGCUUUUACUUUUCCCGUUACCAUAGAAUCGUUAACUUUCCAUAGCAAGGCGCUGGAACCCAAAUUAGACGACGAAGAGGUUCGUCCUCUAAUCGGAGAGGACAGACUACCAUUGAAUUCAGAAAAAGAUUUGACAAAGUGGAGAGUCGUAAAAAACACUUUCAUUCUGAUAUUUGGUUUGUUGGGGGCAUUUUUUGGAACAAUGGCAGCCCUACGCAGUUUGAUAGUUAAUCUGGAACAUCGUGAUGUGACAGACAAAUGCAACGGAGGACUUUACUCUUUGAAUUUUUCAGAGAAUGCGGCAACUUAUAUCAAUAGGACAUCGAUUCCCUUGUGAACUCAACACUUGGCUGCUUGGGUGAAGGAUCAUUUGACUUACAAGAUUCUAAAAAUAAUGUGAGUGAAGGUGAUUUAUAGAGAAAAAAAAUAAUCUGCCAAAAUAUUGACUUGGUUGUCUGCAGUAGAAUCUCUAUCUGAUAAUUAGUGACUGUUGUAUAAAUAUUUAUUAAAUAUAAUAUCGACGUUUCCAAUUAACCUGAAAGCAUUUUCGCAAAUCAAUCACUACAGAAUUACUUUUGCUACCCUAAUAAAAAUAUAAAAAGAAAUUCUGUGAGAAUAAUUAUUUUUUUGCUGAGUCGUCCUCAACUUCAAUCUCAAAAAAUAUAAGUAUGAUCAAUACCUUGUCCCAUUCCCAUCCCAUGGCAAUUAUGCCUAUCCCAUCCCAUGGGAUUCCCGUUGGAACAAAAUUCAAUAAAAAUUGUUAAAUUUAGGUUUGGCGUUUACUAAAUAGGACUUCAUGUACAAAUAGACAUGCAAAACAACAAAAUUUACGGACUUUGUUAACUUUAUAUUCAUAACUAUUAUACAUCUGUCCAUCAGCUCCUUCACGAAGUAUAUUGUUUAUUAAUGCUGAAUAUGUUUUGCUAUUUAUAACUAACAUGAGAGCUAUGCUCAAAUAUAUGGAAACGAAGUCCAUAUCGAAAUGUUUUACCAUCAUUUCCCCGAAAAUCAUACGGUUUUCGUGUCCCAUGGGAAAUACAAAUGUGUGCUGUCCCAUCCCAUGGGACGUUUCCCAUGGACAAGCCUGGUAAUACUAGAUCAGUGGUUGUAUGCAUCCAUACAAUGAGGAGAUUGGCGACAAAAUUUGCAUGCCAGAAGAUUUUCUCAAAAACUUCUACCUUGCUAAAUAUAUGAACUAGCUUUUUUAAUAUAUAUAUAUAAUUUUUACAAAUAAGGCCAUAUUCUCUGUGAGAAUAACCCAAAUUCGAAAAUGUAGAAGGCUUAGGUUCGAGUUAAAAAAAACUUCAUGUAACUUUCUUUGUUAUUGAAAAAUGAAAUCUCGUGCCUCUUGAGAGAAAGGGUAUGCUGCUGCUGGGCUUUGAAAAUUGUAAAUUUUAACUCUUUUUCAUAUUUGUAAUUUUGACAAAUAACGCCGUGUUCAAUGAAAGAAUACCCUAAAUUCCCAGUUUUAUAAGGCGUAGGUUUGAUUUGUGUGAAAAACUUCAGGUAACGUUUUUUAUUAUUAAAUAUAUAUAUAUUGAAAUCUCGUGCGUUUUGAGUAGAUAAACAUGCUGCUGGAACUCCUGAAAAUUACCUCAUUUAGCCUUUUUUCGAUAAAUGUAAUUUAACGAAUAUAGCCAUAUUAGCUGUGGAAAUAUCCUAAAUUUUGCAUUUUGUAUUGUGGGGAAUUUUGCAAUAUUAGCGUAUAUUCAUGGCUAGAGUGCACAUUCCCAAAUAUUUCUCCGCUUUCGCUUCUAGCGUAUAUUGUACUUACUUAAUUAUUUUUAUUAUACAACAUCUCAUCCCUCUUAACCGGAAGGAUAUGGUAAUGAUCAUAGUGAAUUGCAAACUUUUGUAGUUUUUGGGGUGUAUCAUAUUUUAAUAUUAGCGUGUAUUCAUGACACUAUUGCAAAGGUACCAAAAAUUUUUUUUUUUUUUUUUGACGAAAAAACUAAUAUCUCGCUCCACUGAUGGGUAAGACGUGAUGAUGAUAUUUCAAAUAUCCAAAUUGCUAUAUAACGAUAAUGUACUUACUACAUGAAAUAACUUGUCAUCUGACUUCGCCAGCGAAACAUAUUAAUAAGAUAACAAAAACUUUUUUUACUUUCUGGUUGCUACUUUUAUUAAAUAAAGAAUUUUCGAUAUUCAAUAAAAUGCUUGUGAAACUUCUUGCACCUGUGAACUUUUGCAGCCAUGAUUAUUUUUACAUUACAAUUUGUGUUUCAAACAAAAUUUCAUUUCUUUGUUUUAAUUAUAGUUCAUCAAUCAUGAGUUUAAAUAUGGGCAAUUUAUGGUUGUAGGGAGUCAGCAUUAAUUCAUCAGAAUUAAAUUUAUGUGGCAUAAGAUAUAUCCUUGUAAUGACUAUAAAAACUAGGCGAUCAUAAGAAAGAUUAUACUUACAAUUUGUAAAAGAUCCAGAUUUUUAAUAUUUAAAUACAUACCGUAUUUCCCGGCGAAUAAGGCGCUUUUCUAGCCUCAAAUUUUUGGC